UCAUGAAUUGGUCUCGGAAAUUGUAAUUCGUAAAUAACAAUUUAUUAAAAAUGGCUUCUAUAUUACAUAUUGAUGUGCUUGAAUAUAAUCCUGAAGAAAAUAUUAGUUAUUUGAGUAAAUCUUGUAUCUGUUGUACUUCGCAAAAUGGAGUUUUUAUAGACUUAAAAACAUGUAAACAUACAUCGUUUUUUGAUAAUUACAUGAAAUUUAAGCUCCCUAUAAAUAACGUGAACAUUUGUAAUAUAUGUCACAGCAUGCUGAAGAAGUUCGAAUUGUUUAAGCAGCAGGUUGAGGAAAGUGUUGCUUUACUUCUCGAUCAGACGCCAAUCUUAAAAAUAACCAAACUCCACAACUUUCAAACUUGCCUCGAAAUUGACGGCAAAACGCAACCAGACGAGCAACAGAUAAAAACAGAACAAAUAGACACAGACCUAGAUCUUAGCAUGGAUAUAAAAGUCGAACACGACUCGUCUGACUUCGAAGAAGAAGCGACUUUGAAAAAAAAGUCGGCUGUCGAAGAAAAAUAUGAAGGGAAGAUUAAAGUUGUUAUUUUAAGUACUGAAGAAGUUAUUGAAGAGAGAGAGGCUAUGGCUAAAAAAGAGAAUUAUUUAAAGUUGCCUUUUAAAUGUGAAGAUUGUAUUGUGGGCUUUGAUCAUGAGAACACCUUGAAGAAUCACAUUGAGAAUAGGCAUAAGAAGAAAAAGAACAGUUUCCAAUGUGAUAUAUGCAAAACGGUUUUGGGUUCCAAACAUUCUUUUAACGAUCACAUCAACAGGCAUGGACGAAGACUUGAGUGCGCUAUCUGUGGACGACGCUACAACCACAUCCAGUCCGCUCUACAACACUACAAUGUGAAGCACGCAGAGGGGAGCCCGGCGCGCGUCUAUACUUGUAAACUGUGCGGGUUUACUACUCCCUCAAACCGCACAUAUCGUUAUCACUUGGACAAACAUAAGAGCAAGCAGGAGUGUAAGAUAUGUGGCAGCACGUUUGUCAGUAGCAGCGGGCUGAAGGUGCACAUGCACACGGUCCACAACCAGUCUCCCCGUAUAUACUCAUGCGACCGUUGCAACAAGUCGUACCGCGUGCGCUCGUACUUGGCCGCACACAUGCGCGCCGCUCACUCACACUCGCGCGCGUUCUGCGUCGUGUGCAAGACUCACUACAAGACGCCGCAGGGCCUCGCUCACCAUGUGGCCACGCACUCCGCACACGUCGGGGAGAAUGGUAAGAGGUUCAUCUGCGACGAAUGCGGAGCUAAAUUCGGGAAGAAAUAUGAUUUACAAAUACACAUCAAUUGGGAACAUUUAAAGAUUAUUAAACACCGCUGUAAUAAGUGUUCUAAGGUUUUCAAGAGCAACUCUGCUUUAACUCGCCACGUCAACUUUGUACAUUUUAAGAAGAGGCCUCCGCGCAACAAGAUAUGUGACUACUGCGGCCGGGCGUUUACUACCCAGACCAUGCUGAAGUUUCACAUUCGCACUCACACAGGGGAGCGCCCUCUACAAUGUUCGCACUGUUCGGCUACCUUCGCGCACUCUGCCGCCCUCUAUACGCACAACAAGCUGUUGCAUCCCGCUAAUAAAUAAUACCGUAAAACGGAACGGAUUGAAUUUAAAAUAGUAUUUUUUUGUGGGUAGCAUGAAUAUUUUCAUCAUUCUCCUGCCCCUUAUCCCAAUAAUUAUUUGUGGUCGUCACAACAUGUCUUCUCCUUCCAUAGGAGGAUUCUUUCUAUUGGACGUCAUCUCACGAGAAACACUCUGUGCAGCCAUAUCGUCUCACACAAUCCAUCCAUCGUUUCCUUGGUCGUCCUCUUCCCCUAUAUCCAUCCAC